AUGCCUCACCCAUUCCACCCGGACGACUUCCCCAUCAACAAGGAGGUCGUCCUCAAGCCGACCAAGACGUACUACCUCAAGGGCUGCGUCCACUUCAAGACCAACGCCGAGGUCCUAGACCUGACGGGCAAGAUAAGGCAGCGCUUCAACAACUUCAGCAAGGAAUUCCUCGACGAGGCCGGGGAGGCAGCGCGCCAGGCCGGCGGUCCGGCCUUCUCCAUCAGCAGCAGCGGCAACAUGAUGCGGACGAUCAAGACGCUGACGGACGCCGGGUCCGGGGAGCCGCUGUGCGACCUCAACAUCACAUUCGUGUCGUUCGGGUCGUCGACGGUGCGGUUCCCGAGCGGGUCGCAACACUCUCGCCACGAGAUCGAGCUGUGCCCCGUGGGCGACGGCUGGGAGCCCCAGCGCCACGAGGCCUUCGUCAAGAACUCCAUCCCCUACUUCUGGGACAUGAGCGACGGCCGCGUCGGCGUCCUCUACAAGUGCCUCAACCAGCAGCGCGUCGAGAUCGCCCGCGUGGCCGGCUACGGCUUCGACCAGGACGCCGUGCUCGUCCUCAACGCCAAUGAGCUGGAUGAGGUGGUUGCCGUCUCUACGUGCAUCAUCCUGAUUAACGGACGGGAUGCGAUGGAUGCUUGA